AUGGAGACCACGGAGAGGAAAGCCUCCGCCGAAAUUUCUCCCUCCGAUCCCGACCUCAAGACGGAUACUGCUGUUGGUGAUGUUUUGCCCUUUCGCCAGACACAGCGGGGCCUUGCUUCGAGACAUGUGCAGUUGAUGGCUAUUGGCGGUUCUAUCGGUACUGGGCUGUUUGUUGGUAUUGGUUCCUACCUGCGAGAUGCAGGACCUCUGUCUCUGCUCCUUGGAUAUAUGGUCUGGGGAUGUUUGUUUAUUCUACCUGUCAAUCUAUGUGUUGGGGAGAUGGCUGCCUAUCUCCCAAUUCGUGGGUCUAUUUUCGAACUUGCUGCACGGUUCAUUGAUCCGGCCUUUGGAUUUGCUAUGGGCUGGGUAUACUUCUACGGCGGCGUAAUGCUAGUCUGUACGGAAUAUUCCUCGGUGGCAACCGUAAUGCAAUACUGGAAUACAGGUGUCAAUCCAGCAGUCUGGGUAGCAAUGGCCCUAGUCGUGUGUACAGCCCUCAAUCUCGUCGCGGUGAAAUGGUACGGUGAAAGCGAAUUCAUCAUGGCCUCAACGAAAAUUCUGCUGCUCAUUGGCCUUGUCCUCCUCACCUUCAUAACAAUGGUCGGCGGAAACCCCAAACGCGACGUCUACGGCUUCCGCAACUGGACCGACGGGGUAAUGUUUGAAUAUUACACAGACGGCAGCACUGGCCGCUUCCUGGGUUUCUUUUCUGUCAUGGUAUACGCUGCGUUCUCUGUCGCUGGACCAGAUCUUCCAGCUCUAGCGGCAGGCGAAAUUCAGAACCCGCGCGUGACCAUUCCUCGUGUGGUGAAGAUGACUUUCUGGCGUAUUGUCGGCUUCUAUGUGGUCGGUGUGCUGGCCGUUGGAAUCAUCUGCAACCCCCGUGAUCCACGUCUCAUGUCUGCGAUUGACGACGGUGCAUCUGGGUCCGCCGCCUCGCCUUGGGUGAUAGGAAUCGACAACCUUGGAAUCACCGGUCUACCAGAUCUCAUCAACCUACUCAUCCUACUGUCCGGCUGGUCUUGUGGUAACGCCUACCUCUACAGCUCGAGUCGAACCCUCUACUCCCUCGCCCGCGAUGGCCAAGCCCCAAAGUUCCUCUUGAAGUGUACCAAGUCUGGAAUUCCCAUCAACUGCGUUAUCACCGUCUCGGUGCUUUCCUGCAUCACUUUCUUGGUAGCAGGCAGCUCUUCCGUCGAGGUCUUCUACUGGUUUGUCGACUUGACAACAAUCGCCUUUGUGCUUACCUACACGGGCAUGCUCUGCGUCUUCAUUGCUUGGUAUCGAGCACUCAAGGCACAGGGUAUUGACCGCAAGUCGUUCGUCCCCUGGGCUUCACCUUUCCAGCCGUACGGAGCUAUUCUGGCCAUUAUCAUUGGCUGCUUGACUGCUAUCUUUAACGGGUUCUCUGUUUUCAAGCCUUUUAGCGUGCAGGGCUUUAUUACUUCUUACUUUGGUCUUGCGUUUUGGGUUGUUAUGUUUGUGUUCUGGAAAUUAUUACAUCGGACUUCUUUUGUUAGUCCUAUUAAUGCUGAUUUGUAUUCUGGUAAGGCUGAGAUCGACGAGGAGUGCAAGAUUUGGGAGGAAGGUGAUUGGGAGGAGAGGAGAAAGGCCGAACUGGCUCAGAUGAAUUGGGUGAGGCGAGUUUGGGAGAAGAUGUGGUGA